AUGUCUGACUUCGACAGGUUUGUGAGGCUCCUUGGGCUAACCGACGGCCGCGACAAGAUCUACAAAUUGCUCAGUGGUGUGCUGAAUGUUCUUGACGGCAUCGAUGCCGUUGAAUCCCAUCGAGUUGCCUAUAAUUCGGUCAACAAGUCUAUAAAGGAUGGCCGCUCCCUGCUGCGCAUGGCCAAGUGGACGGGUAACGUGCCCAAGAUGCACAGUAUUGUUUUGCGUUGCGCAGAGAAGCGCAGCGUGGAGCUGAAGAAGUUGAUCGAGUUUCUGCGUUUGCUGGGUGACUUCCUCUACGUCCUUGGUGACAACAUUGGCUUCCUCGUGCGCUUUAAGCUGCUCCCUGGUGAGGCCAAGCUCAUUCAGAACCGAAGCAAGGUGGCGCAGUUCUGGGGCUUCUUCUUUGCUGCCGUAUUGGAUCUUUUGGCUCUGCACAGUGCCCUUCUGAGGCGCGCUAGCGAUGCCGCAACGAGCCGCAAGGAGGUGAAGAGCGCCCUGAUCAGCCUGACGAAGGAUGGUUCAGAUGUACUCGUGACGAUGGCUUCCGUCGGCUACAUGAAGAGUGUGUGGCACCCAAGCCCAGUGACGUCCGGCGCCCUCACCGCCGUCUCCGGUGCCGUCGCGACGUACCUGAACUGGAAUAAGGUGAAGUAA